AUGACGCCUGGUGCCACCUUCUCGCUCCAACUCAAUGCUCGCCUCCGUCGACGGAUUGAGCAGCCCACGGGUUCUGAAGUGAGCAGGAGAUUCUUCAACUUUCAAGCCUUUCGUGGCGACUGGUCUUUGCCUCUCAACACCAACGAUGGGCUGGUGCCUGCAAGCAUGCUUAUCCAGGACAGCUGGUUUUCCUCUGCCUUAUUGUCACCCUUCGACAUGGAAGAGCAGGUUGGGGCCCCUGGGACGCAAAUCCAAGUCUCAGGGAAUAUUCAGGUUGUGAGCAACUUAUGGCUCGUCGCACCUGCUGGGGUGGUGAUUGUGUCGCCAUGUUCGCCGACGCCAUGUGCCAACAUCUCCGAGGACUUCAAUGGGACCGGUCGCCAAGCCGCGCAGCUGUUACCCACCAGCGAGCGGUUCGGCCUUCGAGUGGAGCUACCUGCAGCUUGGGAUGCCGGACGCAAAGACUGGAUCGCAUUGGUUCCCGAACAAGACAGGCUUGAUGGCAUCCAGGCUACGAUGUGGGCUUCCGCAAGCAGUGUUGUGCUGAGGGCUAUGCCUGCUAGCGUGACGUACGCAGCAGUUGCGCUGACGCAAGCUGUGGAGCUAGCUGUGAGCCUUAGUCCUGGCGCUGCUGCUCUGGCUCUACUGGGCAGAGCCGCUGAGAGCUACAUCCAGGUUCUAGCACCUGCGGGGUACGCUCUUCGAUGCGGCAGCGGAUUUCAAAGCUUCUCGCUCCCUCCAUCCGCUCAAGUGAAUUGCCAGGUUCAGAGUGCUGGCGAAGCCAUUGUUUCCAUCUCCAACGUUGAUCUAAAUGCUGCUGGCACGCUCUACUUCAACUUUGGAUUGGACACGCCAGCAUCCGAUCCGAGCCCAAACAUGUUCAGUAUAGCCUUGCGCGAUGCGAGCAACGUGACUUUGGAUGCCGCAAUGGCAGUUCCAGGCAUGCAUAUUCCACAGCCUCGUGUGGAAGCUUACGUGUCUGUCUUGGUGGUGGACUUUCAGAGUGUGGCUCGACUCCAGGCUUGGGGCGAAGCAGCGCAGGAAUUGGGUGUGCUGCGUGGCAGCAUCGCUGCGGCUCUUUCAAUCGGUGAAGUAGGCGUAUCCAUCGACUAUGUGCGGGCCGUUCUGGGCAUAGGAGAUGCACGGCGCUUGCAGAGCAGCGGCGUUGUGGCUGGCCAACUGCAGGUAAAUUUCUCUGCCUACUCGAACCUGGUGCCCUUGGCAGAGCUUUCAGAUCGGAAGCAGGUUUCGUGGUGGCAGCUGCUUGCAAGGCUUUACCUCUGGGCUGCAGCGAGAGUUGGGUCCACGCGCGAUUGUGACUGGCGCGUCUGUCCCCUCUACACCGGUGCCAAGUCAGCCUCCGAACGUCACAGCCGGAUUCUGAGGGAUGCGAGAGCAGACGCCAGAGCAGACGUAAAUAUUGCAGAUGACCGGGUUGUGCUCCGAGCACAAGAGAAGGCGGUGGAGGAAGUGGAUACGUGGACUUACGUAUUUGGGAAGCCAGGUGAGCUGAGGCGUGAUCUGAGCCUGGUGAACACUUCUCCGGAAAAGAUCGUGACGGCAGGGCUGGUGGCCAUUGUCAUUGGGCUUGCCAGCAACCUGUGGGGCCAAACAGAACUCCUGUUUAGUCUUGUGCCAGCAGCAGCUGACAAGGCACGCGAACUGCGCCUGGACUCCAUCUAUGCUGUCGAUGGUCUCAAGGCGUACUACGAGGAACAGUACCAGGCACGCUUUCCCAGCACCUGGCUCUUCGAUCAACGAGUUGCAUUGCUGAAGGCGGGCCAGAUGAGCUCGGACACAGUUGGCUUCUCUCGCACUCCAAGAGCCCUGGGAGUUGGGCCAGAUGCGGCUUGGGGGCCAGCGGGUGGUGGUGAACGUGGCCUUAAGAGCCGUGAAAAUUUAUCAGUAGUCAAGCAGACUUUGCCGCCAAAAGCGCCUGGGCAGCCCCAACAGAUCUCAGAGAUCCUUGGAGAUCCCGAAGCGUCACUUGAGAGGCUUUUGAAAGAGACAAUUGCUCCAGAAGGGAGCAAGAAGACAGCAGAAGCCCUGAAGGCUGUGAAGGUCGAGCGAGCUGGGAAUACCUACUACGAAUACCAGUGGCGCACUAGUUUCCCGUCUGGUGCGCAGCUGCGGAGCUUCAGCAGUUGCAGCUUGGGACCUGCAGACCGGCGUGGCAACCGCAACUUGUACACCCUCACCGCUGUUCUUCCAGAGACAGAAGUUGUGAAUGGUGAGGGGGCUGCGGCUCUCAUUCCAGGCAUACUGGAGGGUAACGACGUGGAUCAACAUCUACUGUACUUGCUGUUCUCAACGCACGGAUGCAAGCACUCGACCUGGGAAGCUCUUCGAAAUCGCAAGCGUGGCGGCGCAGAGCGCUCCAUGGCUGUCGACGACAUCCGCGUCAUUCAAAGAGGUGCUGCCAGUGCAUUUCCGAUGGAUCAGCCACAGGCGCUUUUCGCUAACACGGUGACGAUGCUCGGCAUUCCUCUGCAGGCUUCCCAGUGCCUGCCGUGCCAUGCCAGCCAGCAAGUUGAAAUGCUGACCGUGCUCGGCGGCUGCAAGGAUGUGGUUGUGGUGUCUCAAACGAGGCCUUCGCAACAUGCUGAAAAUCAGUACGAGGGCUUCUUCAAAGGGUUGGGUGCAACUUCCCAGGACGUGAUUUGUAGCAAAAAAGCCUCCCAACUGAAGAGGCUGCAUGAAGCUACUCACUUUGCCAUCGGUUGCCAAAAGUGGGAUGAGGGCAUCCGGGACGCAUCUGUAACCCACACAACCUACGUGGAUCCAGAGGUGGUAUAUGCCACUAGCGAUGCUCCGGACAAGAACAUGAGUGUUGUCGAGCUCCGGCAGCAAGCCUUCAAGCCUGAAACUCACUACCGGACGGAGCAGCGCGACAGGUUCGAUGACCCAGGACCGCAGCCAAAGAACGACACGCUGGUUCCUGUCGUCUCAGUACACCUCGGAGACGACAGGCCAGGCUAUUCGCUGCAGUCGCAUUCCGCGCACCGGAGAAUAGCUCAGGAGGAGCAGCAGCACCAUGCUAGCGUGCUUCGUGCUGCUGGCUCUGGCGUGCUGAUCCCAACAAGCGUGUGGCCGAAGCCUGUACGUUGCAAUCCAGUGACGGGGGGUCCCAGAAAUGCCGACGUCUACGACUUGGGCGUGGCAUCCGGAGUGCGGCAUGACCGCGUCAGCCAGAACAGCUCCAGCAUCGUGCAGGAGGCCCAUGUUCGAAAUCCGAUCCAUGGGAUAGCUAUUCCCCUACACCAGUAUGCAAAUCCAAGAGGUGAGCUCGGCAGGAGCACGCAGCAGAUCGUUGAGGAGGCCAAUCGGACUGUCCCGCCCUUGCGAUCUUUGGCUGCUGUACGGCCCCAUUGCUGA